AUGGCAAUUGAGUCAAUCAGACAGUUUAUUCAUAUCCUAGAAAAGAAGGAUUUUAUCAAAGAGGUCACAAGCAUCUCUAAAAAACUUCAGCAAAACAACAGAGACUCAGCAGCAAAGCAAGCUUGGCAAAACUUAUUAAGUAAUUACAAAACCUAUCACCAAAAUUACAAUAAAGAUGCAGAUCUCUUUUGCACAAUGACGUAUUGAGCCAAGAAGCUAAGCACGGAUGACAACAAAUUCUGAGAAAUCAUUGAUAAUCAAGCACCACUUAUAAUAGACAGCUUAAAAGGAAGGCCACUAGGACGCUUAGCAUAUGGGAUUUCAGGGAGAGAAGAACCAGAAAAAUUGGUUAUCAACCAUUUGAUUAAGAAUAGAGAUAAGCUUUCUUUUCGAGAAAUUUCAGAAAUAGCUAAAAUCAUCCCCAAAAAUGAGCUAAUGGAGCUUCUUGUGAGUAAAAACCCAAGUUUCAAAGUUUAUAGUGACCAAGAUUUAUUGUUCUAUGUUAGUUCAGUAACAAAUAUAGGAAUUUUAAAAUCAUUAGAAAGCAGCUUUUGUGAGUUACUUCCAAAUAUAAACGCUUUAGACACUUUUAUAAGCAUCUUGUAUGAAUUUUUCAAAAAAGACAUUUUAUUUGAGGCAAGUACCAUGAAUUUACUUGAGCAAAAAAUCCUUGCUCUACUAAAGAAUUUUGAAAUAAAAGACCUUAAUAAUAUAUUAAAGGUACUUAACAGCAGUCAGAUAUCAGGCCGCUUAUCAUCUUCAUUUUGGGAUACUCUUGAAAAGAAAAUUGAGAACUCCAUAGAAGCUUUUCCUGUCUCUUCUCUUAUAAAUACUUGCUCAUGAGGCUUAUUUUUUAGGCCUAAACUAUUUGAGACCUUAAUUAAUAAUUGGCGAUCUAUUAUUGAUAGAAGAAGACAAAGGGAUUUUUUUAGAGAAGGCUUUUGUUCUCUAGCGCUAACACCUUAUUUUACUGAAGAUUUGAUGACUUGAAGCAAAUACUGGAUUUUAAGGAUGAUGAAAAAAUUUGACGGUUUAGAUAUAUUGAGUAUUAUGAGAACACUUGUUAUUAUUAAUAAUUAUGAUACUGAAAUAUGAAAUGCUUUGACAGAUAAUCUAUUUAUGAUAAUUAAAUACUAUUUUUUAUGGUAAAUUUAUAUUUUCGCUUGAAAAAAAGGUUUGGAAAAAAGAAAAUAUGCAAUUUGCUUCUAUCAAUGACAUAAAUUUUCACAAGAGUCUUAUAAAACUUUAAAGAGAAAAGAAAAAUCUGCAGCAUUUUAUAUUGCACUUUGCCUAGACAUUGAUAAGCCAAGUGAAUAUUUGCAAUGAAAUAGAAAAAUACUGGAACAUAUAGAUGAUGAUUACAAAGUAGAUAGAGUUGUGCAUGAAAGCGACGAAAAUGAAAAUAAAAUUCAUUAUUUUUUAAAUACCCAUGGCACUCCUGCUGUAAAGCAUCUUAAAAUUAAUGAUAUUUAUACUGCAAAUAUAGUUAUACAAAGCAAAAAAAUCAUCAUUGAAUAUUUGCCUGCACAUCUUAACAUUUCCCAGCAUACUUCGCAACUAAUCCCUAAAUCUUUACAAAAAAUCCGCCACUUAAGAGCCUUAAAAUGGCAUGUUAUCUGCAUCUCAAACACAAAAAAAUGGCGACGUCACCGACUGAUCCCCUCCCAGAUCUGUUUCGAUCUUGGGACCUUUGAAGCAGCCUAAAGCCAAACUAGGUAGGAAAAGGAGUAUGCGGGUACUGGGCAUUUGUGUUCCUGUUGGAUUUUGCCUCCCUCGCCUGGCAAUGAAGACUUUGUGUCUUCACGAUGGACAUUUGGGUAAAAAUGCUUUUACUUCUAGAGACUUCUACUGCCGACAACGAAAGCAUAGCUUGCAACUCCAAGGUUCAGAGACAGCAUUAAGAAUCAGACCGAAAGUUAGAGGAGAGCUAUCUCUAGUGGUAAUGCUGUCAUACCCAGCGAGUUUCGCUAGCUACUGAGCGAGCCUUCUACGAAGACGAUAUAAAAGGAGGAAGAGCACUAGUCUAUAAUAAUCUUAAUGCUAAUCUACAUCUCUAACAUGACAAAUUUCGAAGAAUCUCUGUCCCAAGCCAUAUCCACCCUUUCAUCACAAAGAACUCCACACUUUAUCCAUAUUAUUUAA